AUGUCCCGCACGGAGACCGACGCUGAUGCCGAGGUUCGCUCAGCCAUCACCGCCCUCAUCUCCGCAUUGAUCGCCUACCUCGUCGCCCUGCCCAGCUUCUUUCAACAGACUUCUGCGCGUCGCGUCCACCAUCGUCGCGUCGGCCGUCACUACCGUGGUCUUCGCUACAAGUUUACUCGGAUCCUAAGCAAAGUCAACACGUGCCGAAAAGCUGGAGGCCGAGAUGUUACCGAGCGGAAGGAUGAGGGAUCCGAGAAUGAUGCGCCGUCGACGUGGUGGACCUACGUGCGACGGCUGUUGUGCUGUUGCCUCAAUAAACCGUCAUCUUCAUCAUCUACACCCACUGCCUCGACGACCGAUUGGCGAACCAUCGAUGUCCAAGUAAUCAAGGAUGUGUACUCCGGCCCGGUGGCCGUAAUCAUCUCGGACCGACACGGCCCCAACGUACCACCGAUGCUCGACGAAGCGUCGGUCGAGCAGCUGAAGACGAUCGCAGUCGAGGAUGCAACGAUGACAGGCGACAAGGUCUUAACGUACAAGAUGCUUGAAGACGGCAACUUCGUGCUGUUUGAUUCCAAGUCUGCGAAGGAUGAUCAGGGCACGAAAGACUCGAAGAGGUCUGAAUACCAUCGCCGCCCCUUUUGGAAGAGCCGCUUCUUCCGAGUGCAUGGAGGAGCCGAAAGUUUCGAUUUUACAGAGUACUUGUCCAAGGUCAUUCGACGCGAAAUGCGACGCGGGCGGCGUGCUGCGCUGCUGCUAAAUCGAAACGUGGUGGUCGCUGGAAAGGCAUGGGAUGCGUUUAAACGUGACUACUUGGACCCUCAAUCAGCCCUCCUCACUACGCUCGUCAAGGCGCAUCAAAAGCUGGUGACUGCACUGACCCGGCAAUUUGAGAACCUAACCCCGGAGCAAGUGGCAGCCACCGCGCAGCAGAAAACGACGCGUGACAAAAUCAAGGACGCGAAGGAGGAAGGUCGUUUGGACGAGCCCGCAGUCGGCACCCUUGUCUCGCCCAACCCGCCGCUUGCUCAAAUCUACGAUGAUGUUCGUCAAGCUGCAGCUGAUAAUGCAUCGCCCACUCGCGCUCAUUCAGUGGCUACCUCAAUGACACCUACGAUUUUGCGCGGAGAUGAUGGAUACAAUGAUCGAUUGGCUGCCCAGAAUGUGGAUUUCCAUAACCUGCGUACGGCCCGUCAGCGUAGCCCCAGCCCCGCCCCCACUACUGCCCGUCCUUUCGACGACGAUGAGGAUCCCGCUGGCCUCGAUAUGCUGGCCGCGCAGGCGGACCUUACCACCUCCGGCCGCAGACGC